UGUGGGCAGCGGCAGAGCGACUCGCCGGGGAUCUACCGAUCACCAUGGGCAGGAUCAUCUUCUACGAGGACAAGAACUUUCAGGGUCGCUCUUAUGAGUGCAACAGUGACUGCGUGGACCUCACCUCCCACCUGAGCCGCUGCUACUCCUGCAGGGUGGACAGUGGCUACUUCAUGGUCUAUGAACGGUCCAACUACGUGGGGAACCAGUACUUCCUGAGGAGGGGCGAGUACCCGGACUGUACCCGUGGGAUGGGAUUCAGCGACUUCAUCCGGUCAUGCCGUUUGAUCCCUCUGCACAGAGGACCCUUCAGAAUGAGGAUCUAUGAGUCUGAGCGUUUCGGAGGCCAGAUGGUGGAGCUAGCGGAUGACUGUGACUCCAUCACAGAGCGAUACCGCAUGUCAGACUGCCAGUCCUGCCAUGUGAUGGACGGGCACUGGCUGCUGUACGAGCAGCCUCAUUACAGGGGAAGGAUGAUGUACCUGAGACCUGGGGAGUACCAGACCUUCACAGACAUGGGCCUGGGCUCCGUCAACUUCACGUCCAUCAGGCGCAUUACAGACACCUGCUAA